GAGCCGGAGCGGCGGGAGGAGGCUUGAGGGGAAGCCGAGGGGGUAGCGGGGCUGUGGCGCCGCCGCCAUCCGCCCGGGCGGCGCGGGGCAUGGACGGCGCGGGCCUGGCCCUGAGGCUGCUCCUGGUUGGGGACUGCAGCGUGGGCAAGUCGAGCCUCCUGCUGAGGUUCACUGAGGGAACGUUUCAGCCGGGCCUGAAGCCCACCAUCGGUGAGUGCGGAGUGUGGGGCCGGUUCCGUGCGGGUGCUGGUGGCAGGAGGCGGCGAGCGAGGAUCGGGGCUGCGAGGGUGGGCGUUUGCCCGCUCAAGCCUUCCCUUCUCGUAGGUGUUGAUUUUAAAGUGAAGAAGAUGGUGGUAGACGGUCACGCAGUCCAGCUUUCCAUAUGGGACACAGCAGGACACGAGCGCUAUAGAACAUUGACUCCCUGCUAUUACCGAGGAGCUCAAGGGGUUGUUUUAGUGUAUGAUGUUACAAGAAAAGAGACUUUCACAGGACUAGAGAGCUGGCUGAAGGAGCUGGAAAUGUAUACUACCAACAGUGAUGUUGUGACGAUGUUGGUUGGCAAUAAAAUUGAUAAGCCUGAUCGUGAAGUGGAGAGAGGAGAAGGGCUUCAGUUUGCUAGAAAACACUCCCUGCUCUUUAUAGAGACCAGUGCCAAGACACAGGAUGGAGUGCAAGAAGCCUUUGAGGAACUGGUCAUCAAGAUGCUGCAGACACCAAGUCUUUGGGAUAAAGACACGGAGAAGCAGGAAGUCCAGCUCAAGGAAUCUUCAGCACAGAAGGAUAAAAGCUUAUGUGGUGCAUAUUGUGUGCUUUCCUAAAUCUACAGGUGGCUGUUCUGCCUUAAUAGAGUGGAUUUCUCUCAUCAAAAAGCAAGCAGGAGGAUUUCCAAACACGAGUCUGUGCCUUUUUUUGACCUGCCACCAAUUGUGUAGAACCAAACCCCAAACUGAUUAGCAAAAUGUAAUGAAGAGAAAUACAAUUGCUCUUUUCCUUCCACACCCCUGCUCUCUCCAAGAUGUCCUUCUGGGAAGCUGGAGAGUUUUAGACACCCAAAUUGCCUUAAAUGUAGGUAACAAUCAGGAAUCACCCUGAGCAGUGACAUUGUUUCCCUCUUUCAGAUGGCUUUAAGCUGUUGGAAUUGCCUCCACAUCCCCAGAUGGUUGUUAUUACUUACUUUUAGGGUUGUAGUGAAGAGGUGUAUCAACAUUUGGCAGGAAAAAAAAGCCACUUGCUGUGCAGUGCACUGUUGGUUACCCCUUGCUGCUCCUACAUACUUUGUACUGAGGAUCAGUGGUGAAUUGGAGUCACAGAAGAUGUUAGCCUAGCCUCUGAUCUUGCAUCUCCAAGACUUCUGGUUGUCUGCCUGCAAUACUGAAAGCAUCACAUUUGAGGAAAACAUUAAAAGCAUUCAAAAUGUAAACUCAAGUGCUUGUAAAUUUGCCAAAUCUGAAGAGAGUCUUUUAUUACAGGGUAUGGACAAGUCAGAACAAAAAGCCUGUCCAUUUUUUAAGAUGUUUUGAUGAUUCAUUGCUAUCAAGUUUAUUAGUGGGAGUGCCUGGCUGAGUAUCACUGUAAUUUGUCUUGAGUGCUAUAGUCUGCUAUAGGACUACUCUAGUUUAGUCUCUGCAAAGUUGGUCUUUGGGGAACUGUUUGCUUCUGCGCCAAGUGUGCCUGUGUAACUCUUGCUCAAGUGACCAGAAAUACCUGGGCUGGGUUUUUGCUUUGGUUUCUGUCUGUUAAGUGGCUGAAAUCAGCCUGAGGGAGAUGUGUGAUCUUAGUUUAUGCCUUUUAGCAGUGGAAGCACAUCUGCUUUUUACACUUCCACCUUGGUUUUGGUCUUUUAAGUUCUUUUCAUAUGAACUUUGGAGUAGAAAACCAACUUGAAUACCGUGUUCAGUGUUGGGGCCUUCACUCCAAGAGGGACACUGAGGCUCUGCAGCUUCCUCUGGAGGGAAGAAAAACCAAAAUCCACAUUAAUUCAUGAAUUUGUACUGUUGCUUGUAGUAAUUUUUGAGAGAGGUGGGAUAAAGGAGUCUUUAAUUCACUUUUGAAUAAGGUCUGAAAGUAGUAAUGUAAAUCCAAAUGCUCACUAGAAAUUUGUCUGUAGUUCAUACUCAAUAUUUCACUUUUACUAGCAGUAUGUUUCACUUUAGGUGUCCCUCUGUAAUUCCCUUGCUUCUUUUAAUACAUGUUUUUACUGUUAGAUCAUUAAGCAUACAAAUUAAUUUCUUUACUGCCAGUAAUUGGGAGUGUGGCAAGAUGUCAGAUAGAAUUCACUUAAAGCAAGGUUGCUUACCAUUAGAUAAUAUCUUACCCAAUAGUCUUCAACUUAAAUUUGUGUCUUCUAAACAUGUUUUACGCCUUGCAGAUUACCCAAACGUGCCUGUGAUCUGCAAUAUCCAUCUGUGGUGAGAUCAACCUGCCCAUUGCAUACUGUGAUAAAAUGACUUAUAGUUCGAAAUGCUGUUACUUUAAUAUUACACUCAGUUUGUCAUCUUCUCUGUUAUUAAAGUAAGCCGUGUUACUUUCAGUGGCUUUGCUGGACAGGAUUGCAGAGUUACAGAGGGAGCUAAUGAGCCACCUGCAUGUCAAGGAGUCCUUGUACAUGUACACGUGCUGAGGCCACCAGGCUAGCAGAGCAGCUACUGCACUGUGGAAAGUGCUUACUCUUGUAGGAAUGAGCACCUCAAUGCCUAUAGACAGGACAAUAAAGGUGCCAGGGUGCAUGUUUAAAGAUGGAUACUAUCCCACACAACAUUCUGGGGCUAGAGUUAAUGUAGACUCAAUGACACCAGUAUAUAAAUAAUGUGCUUUUAAUAUACAGUGGUGUUAAGAUUUGCUAAAUGCAGUAGAACAAGAAUAACAUCAUAGUGUUUUGAAGAUGCAAGGAAGGAGACUGGUGCACCAAAAGGUGUUAUUUGAAGAGCAGAAACGACAGGAAAUAGAAACAGGAACUAGUUGCAGCUAACAUGCAACUGUACAAUACUCAUGUUCCAAGUAAUUCUAAAGCAUAGGUGCUUCCAGAAUAAUCUCCCUGAAUUUUCUUAUGAUCACCCACCUACUCAAGUCUCCUGAAAUAUACACAAAGUCCUCUUAACAGUGUUCUUCUUCAGGAUUUGACAUACCUCAUUAAAUGCUCUGGAAGCCUUUAUCUGAUUUGGAACAAAGGUAGUUAGAAAUGCUGGCAGGGUGAUGAUUUUGUAGUUCAGCUACUUGGUACUUCAGGUUCCUCCUUUUAGUUCCCUUUUUGGAGCUGCUAUGUUGGUGUCAAGGUGAUGCCUCCAUCAGGUGGCAUUUGCAAAGAUGGCUUGUAGAAAAUAAAAGUCCUGUUUUAAAUCAUAUGCUGUUAAUUUUCUUGUAGACUGCAAAAAAGUCUGGCUUAUGUGCUGGCUUGUCACACGGGUGUGUUCAUGGGUUGCUUAGCACUUGUAUCAAUAGGAGGAGACUGGGGAAGUGGGUGUAAGCUGUGGCUGUGCAGAUUUAAUACCUGUGCAAGACAACUUGGAGGCAUUUGGAAAGGUGGGGUGGACAUAGAAAACCCUCCCAUCUCUCAGUGACUAAAAUAUCUACAACUCCUAUAACUGGCCCCGGUUUAGUGCCUAAUUGGAUUUGCAACUAAUGAUUCCUAGUGAAGGGAAACAUGGUUUUGCUGGCCUGACAGCCAGCUAAGAUUUUGAGUAACAGACUCCGAGAGACAGCUGAAGUAGCCUGUUCUGUAGGUGUACUGGUUCUUGAAAAGUACCUUGUUCAGAUGCCUUAAUGUACCCAAAGGCUGAUUCCAGCUGGUUGGUGUCCCAGCACUAGUGAAAUGCUUUGGAAGUGUUGGGCUCCUGUGUGUAACUUCACUGUACAAAAUGCACUAUUUACAGUCUGUCACUCCUGUCUUUUUCUGAUCUCUUUAGUUUGAGUAGUCACCUGUCAAUGGCAGCUGCUAAUCAAGACUUUGAUUCAGGAAGGCAGUGUCAGCUUUUGACUUUGUUUUGUUCUCAUACAGUCUUUAUGUAUUACCUUCUAGACAUGAGCAGUUCUGAAGUGAACUUGACAGAUUUCCCUUUUCUAAUCCAUGUAUUUACAAGACAUUUUUGUACAGUCUUUCCCUUCAACACAUGAUAAGCUAUGACCUAACCCAGUUGACUGGCACCCAAAAUGAAUCCUUGUUUAGUUUCUCUAACACAGUUUUCAGCUGAUUACAUGCAGUCUGGAGAUCUUCCUUCACCAGUACAGUGUCAAUUAAAUGGCCAUACUGCUCUUCAAUGAAUGCUGCUGAGUCAAUAAUUUCCUGCUGUUCUUCAUCCUGCUGAUGAAACAAACACAAGAAGAUGGUAGGAAAUUCACAGCAUGUCUUUAUAAUUACUGGCAUUUGAAAGUGUAAUAGCACAAUAAGUCAUUACUUUGAAAGGAAAUGGAACAAGAGUUGCUGCCUUUAGGAAAGGGUAAGGUCUGAGAUCAAGAAGCUGUAUAUUGAGGGGGUUGGACUAGAUGAUCUCUAAAGGUCCCUUCUAACCCCUACCAUUCUAUGAUUCUGUGAUAUGCUACUGCUGGGAUUUGGUAGGCUGUUUGAAAAAGGCAUGAGGUAAUAGGAAGUGGAGGGGAAAAAAUGUGCCAGGAGGGACAUAAGAUAGUGGCACUGCUGGAAAUCAUAGUCCUCAAAAGCUGAAAAGGAAUGCUGGACCCAGGGUCCUCAAGUUCAGUAAUUUUAAGGGCUUACAUGACAACUUAGCAAGUGAACUAAGUUCUGUUAUGUGUAAAUUCAAUGUCAGGUUAUCUGAAGUAAUAACACUGUGCACUUUCAGUAUUUCUGCAUCAGCACUUUGCAGUUGGGUCUAGGUUUGGUCCUUAUAAGACAUCCAGAUGCUGGGCGAGUGUCACUGUGGAGGUAUCAGGAAUAGGUGGCUACCUCUGACCAUUUGAUGAGGUUCCUCAUAUAGGAAUGUCAAAUGAUUAUGAGUUCACUCAAGUUCAGUUGCAGCUUCCUCUGCUGCAGCCUUGAGUGAUGUACAUAGAUCCACGUGGAAGGUUUGCACUUUGCUUCAUGGUACUUCUAUAGCCUGGUUUUAAAGGGAGUCAAAAAUCUCAUCCUAAAGUCCUGUAUGUGCACAGGAACAACUUUAUGCCCCAUUCUGAGUCUCCCUGGCAUGGAAGAGCAGCUCUUCCCCAUCACAGAAAUGCUAGCCAAAAUACUUCUUUCAAGUCUAUAGAGAGGAGAUUAAAGUUAGAAUACUUACAAGGGGGGAUGAGAUUUCUUCUGAUGUGGGAGAUUUUAGGACAUGUUUUUUCUUUUCUGGUAUGAGAGGCUUCACAAAGAUAACAUAAGGCUUAAACUCAGGAGUCCUCAACUGCUUUACUGCCUGUGAACAGAUGUUUUUGUGUUACACUGGGCUUUUUGUAAUGUUGUAUGUCAAUAUUCAAGCUGGGUUCAACCAGUUUCACUAGUACACACUGUGAAAUCCUGUGUACUAUCUAUCUGACCACAGUAACCUUUUGCUCUUCAAAAGAAAGGUUGAGCUUACAUGUGCUUUCUGAAGCAUGGUCUAGCUGUACACAUGCAGUGUAAUAUCAGGAACAACUUAGCUUAAGAGAUCAAACACCAGAAAAAUUAAACCUGGAAUAGAUCUGAGGUAGUAUUAAAAGCCUUUUCCUAGCCCAGUUAUAAAGGGUGAAUCAAAAUGUCAAAGAUUAACUCCCAGUAGGUUUAGAAGCAGGUACACUGGCCCUGGUUUCAGCACUAGUGAAUGCUUCAGAGGCAACAGAAAGGAAUAAGAAUGAAAAACCCAUGAAUGCUUCAAGUGUUCUCCCUAGGAUUUGAGCUGGACAGGCCAGUGAUGCACAUUUCUCCUACAGCAAGGGAAAAAUCCCCCAUUAAGAAGUGAUAAAGCAUCAUCUAGACUGUAUCAACUAAAGAUCUAGGAACUGUUAACACCAGACUGCUUUCUAAAGAGCUCCGUUCCACUUACACAGUCUGCUCCCCUAGUAGAAACAACACCUAAGAGCACCAUUGUCCUUUGCAGUGCAAGUAGCCACAAAUGGUGAACAACAUCAGGUUCUUAGGGCAGCCUGGUAAGAAACAAUUUGCAUUCUUAAAAAUAAGCUGCAGAACUUACUUCAGGUACCACAUCCACCAAACAGACCUUCUUUUUGGCCAUCACAGACCGAAUUGCCUCCAGGCUUGUACCAUACAGGUUUUCUUUGUACUCUCCAUGUUCCACAAAUCUAAAAAGUCAAUAAGUUUUUAGAUGCCAUCCACAAAGAAUAUUGAACUGAAAAAACAAAACAGCUGUCUCUUGAAGUCACAGGAAAAGGGGGGCAGGGGAAAGGAAGUAGUUUGUGAGCGUUUUUUGACUACUUUGCUCUUCUGGUUGCUUAGUAGCAAUAUUGUUUCUCACAUGUCACUAACAGCUAUUCAGAACUAAUGCUAAAUAGGGGAAGUAGCUGUGUUAAUUGCAAUUAAUUGGAAGUUGAUGCAAUUGGGUUUAAGCCUAAUACAUGAAAACAGAACAAAGCUGGCCAGGAAAUGGACUGCCAGGAAGAUUUUAUAUCCACAAAUACAAUCCACAACACUGUUACUUUCACUAGAUCCACUCCUGACCAGUCAUACUACUUAUGAAGGCCUAAAUUCUAACUUCUGAUCCUCCUACUAGCCUUAUGUUUUUUCUAAAGUGCUGCUUCUUAAAUCUGAGUCCAUGCUAACAGUCCAGACUUUUGGCAUUCAUAAGAUGUAAGCUUUAGGGGCAACAUUUUUUGGAAUCCAGUCAAUUUUGUCAGUAUUUUAAAAGGAACUCACUUGUUUUGCUGCACAUCUGUCUCAAAUGAUUGCUUGGAAACAAAAUUGUAUUCUACUCCCUCUUUCUCAUGACUUUUCCUUGACCUGGUGGUGUCUAGAAGCAAGACACAGGAGAGAGAUCAGCUGUUGCAAACAACUCCAUUUUCUCUGUUUAGUUCUAGUCACAUUUUUAUAACAUCAAACAAGACAAUCCCACACCAGCAAAAUUCAGAGUAACAUCAAAGAGAAAUCAAACAUUCAGCUCAAAAAGUGUUAAGACCAAAUAUGAAGUCCUUUUGCUUCCAAGUGUGCCAUAACUAACACAAGAAUUAGGAAGCAUUACUUCUUGCACCUGGUAGAAACAGUAGAGUGUAUCCCGUGGAAAACAGAUUCUCUUCACUCGUUGGAAUAUUGAACUCUCAUUUUCUUUAAACUUAGAAAAAAAUAGGAAACUAUACUAAGUCUUUUUAUGUUGCCUCUGAAUUCAGAAGAAGAACAUCCCUGGCUUCUUUCCCACAUAUAAUUAUGUGUGUCCCUUGCCUCUGAUGUCCUCAUUUCUGUUAUUACUGGAGGAGAAGCUCUGGUGAUCAUUCUAAUGUCUGUUAAUUUCUUUUUUGUACCUGCUUAAAUUCAAGUAAAACUUACCCAUGUGAGUUCUACUGCCAACUAACUACAUGUCUGCCUGACAGACAGUUACUGAAAGUGUUCAAUAACAUAGAAACAGUGCCUCAAUAUUCAUCUUUUGUAUUGCAAAAAUAGUUUGUUGGGGAAUACAAACA